GGAAGAUAUUUGAAAGAUGGCAUGAGUUUGGAUCUCUCUCAUUAUGUGUGUUUGUUUAAAUGUGUGUUUGAAUUAUUUGGAAAUACUCAUAAUUUACUGUUGGAGUAAAAAAGAUGGAUCAACAUAAUCCAUCAUACCAGAGGUUGGAACUGUUUUCUCAAGAUAAUCAACUGAGCGACAUCAACAAUGACAUCGAUAACGACAACAACCAUGGUCAGGAAACUAUUCCAAAAACGAUGGACACCGCGUUAAAGGCCUCGGCAAACACAGAAGACAUAAUUUCAACGGACCUAAAAGCAGCCAGGCAAACUGAGAACCCUGCGGCCGGAAGUAAACAACCGUCUAGACGAAGAACAGACCACAAGGAAGAUGUUGUGGUUGUCGGUACAGGUAAUCCUCAGAGUAUUUCAACAGGGAUGUAUUACUAUGACGGCACAGAAUUUCAACCUAUAAGAGAUCCACAAUUGCCGUCAGAGAUGGGCCCUAUGGCCAUGUCCGACGACGGCAGUAGCUUUCUAUGGGUCGGGGCGGCAGGAUCACGUGACGGCCGCGGAUCAGAUAAACCCGAAAGCGCCUAUACGUACGUGGACAGCAUAUACCCGGGCCGACGAUUUAGGGCAGAACAAGGCCGUCGAGUUAUGGCAAACCCAGGACAUGACGUUAACGUUUCCACCUCAAUGACGGACCUUCAAACGUUAAACGUCUCAAUCAACGUCAGUCUAAACAUCGCAGAACUUCAUCGAUCGCAUCAGGGCAGUACGAACGGCGAUCGAAAAACGUCAAACAUUACUGAGACAGAAACGUCAUGGUCAACAAAACUGUAAUAGAUUAAUAAUAUGUGUCAUGUGUGUCCGUUCCGGAUAGAAAAUUCCGACCCGAGGGCACCUGCGUUGCCAGGUAACGAGGCUUGCCGGCUACGCAGCGUGCCCGAGGGUCGGAUUUUUCUGUCCGGAACGGAAACACAUGAUUGAUAUUUUUUCUAGCACACCUUAAAUUCAUUUUUUUUAAAUGCAAAGUAAAGCGCAUUUUUAUGCAUAUCAUCAAAAAGCGCGUGCGAUGAUGUUUACUGACGUCAUGACGCGCAGUAUUUUUUAUUAACUGCACUAGUCAACAUCUUUCUUCAGCAUCACGUCUUUUAAGGGUUAUUCUGUUUUGUUUUGAAGGUAUAUUUUUGUAAAAUUAAUGUUUAUGUAAAUUAUCUAUUAAAAUAUCAUAGUUAUGGUUACAUACUGUGUAUAAUAAAAGCAGUACGUAAGUAUUACGUAACAGCGCGUGACUCAUCUGGCAUUGGGGGGUGGGGUGGGGGGCCAGAUUGAGUUUUCCAGCACGGCUGAAUUCACCGGAAAUGUCUAACCGGUGUGUUGAUAAAGGGUAUAUAUAUAUAUAUAUAUCGUCCGAAACGAUGUAUGCGACCCAAUGUGGUACAUAUUCGGAAGGAAAGCGCAAAUUAUAAACUUAUGUCAAAUAAGUAGGUGAUGAACAGAACCAUCAGCAAUGCAAUGAAGAUUGGAUUUGUGUCAAGUGAUUUAAAAAACAUUUAUUUGUGGAGUAAACUUUACACCAAAUGGACUGAAAUUAUGUGCUAAUUAACGAAAGUUUACCUUUUUAAUUUCGUUAACGUAAUACACCAAACUUUACAAAGUGGUUGCUUCCCUUGCCGUACGGGACACUGUCACCACGCUUGUCACGAGGUAACGAGCAAAGUCACCUGACAUAUUUGAAAAAUGUUAAUUUUCGUUUCAUUUAAAAUAACCAAUUAUCUUCAACAAUCAAAAAAAAAACGUUUUUAAAUGGACCUUGAAUAAAAAAAUCCAUACAUUCGUGUAAUUUCGUCCAAAAUAAAUAAUGCAUAGCCAAAACACAGCUAGUGUCGUAUACGUGGUGGAACAGAUUGUUCUGUGUGUCAAGGGAGAUUACUGCGUAGGAGAUUUGUCACACACAAGGGAACAGGAGCUGGUGCUGGACAUACAAAUCAGUGUUAGGAUUUGGUAUUAUCAUCAAUAUGUGUCACCAUAUAUGAAAGUCAUUAUUUGAAAUUUGAAAGCUAUUUUUAACUUUGAUCCCUUAAAGAUGCACUCUUAUUCCAAAAUAAAUUUGUUUUAACUGAUCAAAAUGGAUGAAUAAAUGUCGAAAACAAUU